GAGGAGAUUUCUGAGGAAGAUCGGUGCAGGACGAUGUUGCUACAUCUACUAGUGAUCCUGUCGCUACAAAUAGCAACAUGCUCCGCUGCGUGCAAUGCCAAGCUGCACCCCAUCACUCCACGGAAGUAUUUCGACGUGAACAACAUGGAACAAACCUGUCAGCUUGGCUUCAUCUUCUCCCCCACCAGCUGCUAUUGUACACUUGUUGAUCAGUGUUACGGUCCUAACCGAUUGCCCGAGGGAUUCCGCUUCAAGAUCCCGGGUAGCGGCCUCACGUGCUACACGUUCAUCAAGUGCGUGGGCGGGAACACGAUCUACGCCCACUGCACCUCCGGCUACAAGUUCGAGUUUCACAAGGGGUGUGUCCAUGGCAGUGGCUGCGUCUAUGACGCAAACACCCUACAACAUUCAACCCAACUUGAUAUAUUUUAUCCUAAUGCAACAAGCCUCAUGCCGAUUAUUGAGACGUACGGCACUGACAACAACAAUCAAGGUGGAGGAAACUAUAAUAACCUAGAACCACAUGUUCCAGGAGGAAGCUACGGUCCGUGCCAGUACCAGAGAUCAGGACACAAGUUCGCCCCCAAGGACAGCUCGUGUUUCGAGUACAACGUCUGCCAGCGCAAGAGAUCCACCCGCAGCAGGUGUCCGUCCGGCUACAGUUUCAACGCCAACAUGAACGGCUGCAUGUACGACUCCAGCUGCUUCUACCACGAGGGCUACAACAUGUCGUCAUUGUGUGUGGGCAAGAAGGACUACAUGAUGUUGCCGUACGGGUCGUACUGCAACGCGUACGUCGUCUGCUUCCACGGCCACAGCUACUACGGCAGGUGUCCCGACUACUACAGAUUCAGGGAGGGCGAGGGCUGCGUGGCCGACAGAUACUGCGUGGCGUACCGAGAUCAAACAGGAAUCUGCACGGCCGACAUGGAGGCGUCGACGUACAGCUACAGGGAGUACUGUUAUGAGUACUACGUGUGUUACGGCAGCAUGUCGCACUACGAGCGCUGCCCCGACGGCUUCUCCUACCACUACCAGGAGGGCUGCAUCGAGGACCACUACUGUAGAUACGAGCAGAACAUACAGAAAGUCAAAGAUCCAUGCUCCUCGGUGAGGAACGGCGCCAAGUACUCGAUCGGCGGUUACUGUAACGAGUUCUACGUCUGUCGCCACCAGCUGUCCAUCUACCAACGGUGUCCCAACGGCUACGCGUUCGAGGGCUACGACUGCGUGAAGAAACCGUACUGCAAAUACAGGAAGCCUGGCGAAUACCCGCUACAUAAAAGAAAGAAAAGGGCACUUGAUAUGUUCGGGUACGAUCGAACGCCCCCUGUUGCGUAUAUGGAUUUCUGCUAUGAACGUCCGGACGGUUACACGUACAAUAUCGGAGGCUUCUGUUACGAGUACUACACGUGUAACAAGCGAAUGUCCUACUACUCGACCUGCCCCGACCGCUUCCGAUACAUGGCCUUCAGUUCAGACAUGCCCGCCAGACGGAACGCCGAUUACUACUACUCCAUGAACUCCACAGACAUGCCCAGCGGCUGCGUCAGAGACGACAACUGCCGACAAUACCCGAACGAUUUGACAGCAUUCGAUUUCUGCGCUGGUAAGGCAGACAACUUUACCUACACGUUAGGCGGCUACUGCAACGAGUACUUCCAGUGUCAUUACGGCAAGUCGGUCUUCCAGAAAUGUCCUGAAGGAUUCUCGUACUCGGAUAAAAAGUCCAAGUGUAUCUAUGAUGACCACUGCAAAAGCAUGAAACCAGGACACUAUCUGCCAGACCCCUGCAAGAAUCUCGUAAAUGGCCAGGCGUAUCACAAUGGCGGAUAUUGCUAUGAGUAUUUCGAGUGCUGGAAUAAGACGUCUUUCUAUGAACAGUGCCCAUCUGGUUACAAGUUUGAUGGCAUAGCGUGUACUCACGACCCAGGCUGUUACUAUGAACAUCAUGUCAAAUCUGAUUACUGCGUUGGAAGUCCAGACGGCUAUUCCUUCGCAGGCGGGUACUGCUAUGAGUUCAACCAGUGCUAUAAGGGUAUGUCCUUCUACAAACGUUGCCCCGAGGGCUACAGCUACGAUUCUAGCUCUGGUGACUGCAAACACGACUACGGCGACGACUGCGAAUAUAACCAUCACAAGCUUCAGGAUUAUUGCUACAACCAGGCUAACGGCCACACGUAUGAGCGGAACGGCCAUUGCUACGAGUACUACGUCUGCCACUACGGCAAAUCAUUCUACCACCGCUGCCCCAUCGGCUACUCGUACAAAUACGGGCAGGGCUGCAUCUACGACGGGGAAUGUUACUACUUCCACUUCUACUACCAGUACUACUUCUACUACUAUUAUUACUACUACGGAGGUGACGCACAAAUCAACGACGUGUUGACUGGACCAUACGGUGACGGCAAUAUGACCGAUCCUUACGGCAAUCACGGCAUGAACGAUCCUUACGGCAAUAACGAUCCUUACGGCAAGAACGAUCCUUACGGCAAUAACGACCCUUACGGCGGUAACGGCAAGAACGACCCUUACGGCGGUAACAACAAUGGCAAUCCCUCCGGCGGCGGCGGCGGUCACUACGCCUCUACGACAGCCAGUCCAGACUUCAACUACGGCGCUGCAACUACGGACAUGUACAGUGGGAGGCGGAAGAGAGCUAUUAAUGAAGACGAAUCACAUGAUAUCCAGAAGAGAAGCGCUUAUGAAAAGCAUGAUUUCUGUUCGAACUCACCUGACGGGUACACGUACAACCUGGGCGGCCACUGCUACGAGUACUUCACGUGCAUGUACGGCAGGUCGUACUACUCACGCUGUCCCAACCUGCACAAGUACGACGCCAAGAAGGGCUGCGUCUACGACCACUACUGCAAGAUAACACACGACAACCCCGACAAUGCGUGUGUAAAUGCUCCCAACUUCUACACCUUGUCGUACGGCGGUCACUGCUUCGAGUACUACUUCUGCUACAACAACAAGUCGAUGUACGAACGGUGUCCGUGGGGCCACGCCUACCACCAGCACAGCGGCUGUAUAAAAGACAAACACUGCACCUAUAAACUGAACCUGCCGUUUGACAACUGCGAGCACCACCCAGAUGGUUACAAGUUCUCGUACGGCGGCCACUGCUAUGAGUACCAGCAGUGUUUCCACAGCAGGUCCUACUACGAGCGAUGUCCUGACGGCCACAGGUUCAACGGGGAGACGUGCAUUUAUGAUGGACAGUGUACCUACCUCGCCAAACACAGGUUCUAUGGUGACACAAAGCAUGCACAUAAAGAUUUCUGUCGCGACAAGAAGGAUAACUUCAAGUAUUCGUUCGGAACUUACUACGGCCCGCCGCGGCGGCGGCACGUCAGCUACGACCGCGGUACGACACCGGGGGAGGGUGGGGGGCUGGAUAUGUGUUACAACAAACCCGACGGCUACACAUAUUCCAAGGGAGGCUACUGCUACGAGUAUUACGUCUGCGACGGGACUCAGUCUUACUAUGAAAGGUGUCCCGGCGGCCACAAAUACGACGCAUACAAAGGGAGGUGUGUGAAGGACACGGACUGUUACCACGAGGGCGUGAUCGGUCAGACUGUGGACAUGUGCAAGUGGUACAAGUCUGGGGAAUCGUUCUCCAGGAAUGGCUACUGCAACGAGUUCUUCGUCUGCAGUCAGGGCAAACCUCUCUACCAGCGCUGUGCCAACAAAUACCGCUACGAGUACGGGACGGGCUGUGUUAAAGACGAGCACUGUUUCCACCGCACGCCCAUUCUAGGUAAGUUCAACAAAUACCGCUACGAGUACGGGACGGGCUGUGUCAAAGACGAGCACUGUUUCCACCGCACGCCCAUUCUAGGUAAGUUCAACAAAUACCGCUACGAGUAUGAGACGGGCUGUGUUAAAGACGAGCACUGUUUCCACCGCACGCCCAUUCUAGGUAAGUUCAACAAAUACCGCUACGAGUACGGGACGGGCUGUGUUAAAGACGAGCACUGUUUCCACCGCACGCCCAUUCUAGGUAAGUUCAACAAAUACCGCUACGAGUUUGAGACGGGCUGUGUUAAAGACGAGCACUGUUUCCACCGCACGCCCAUUCUAGGUAAGUUCAACAAAUACCGCUACGAGUUUGAGACGGGCUGUGUUAAAGACGAGCACUGUUUCCACCGCACGCCCAUUCUAGGUAAGUUCAACAAAUACCGCAACGAGUACGGGACGGGCUGUGUUAAAGACGAGCACUGUUUCCACCGCACGCCCAUUCUAGGUAAGUUCAACAAAUACCGCUACGAGUACGGGACGGGCUGUGUUAAAGACGAGCACUGUUUCCACCGCACGCCCAUUCUAGGUAAGUUCAACAAAUACCGCUACGAGUACGGGACGGGCUGUGUUAAAGACGAGCACUGUUUCCACCGCACGCCCAUUCUAGGUAAGUUCAACAAAUACCGCUACGAGUACGGGACGGGCUGUGUUAAAGACGAGCACUGUUUCCACCGCACGCCCAUUCUAGAGCAUUGCCGGUAUAACGAAGACGGUUUCCGGUACACGGUGAGCGAACACUGCUGGGAGUAUUACGAGUGUUACGGCGGCAAAUCCUACUACUACGAGUGUCCGGACGGAUUCCGCUUCGACAUGUACCAGGACAAGUGUGUGCGGGACACACAGUGCAAGUCACACCACUACAUCACACAAGACUUCUGUCAGAACAGGCCCGACUAUUCUCGAUUCUCGUACGGAACCCACUGCUACGACUACUUCGAGUGUAUCAACGGCAACACCUACUACGAACGGUGUCCAUCGGGAACCGCCUUUGACGGGUCGGGCUGCGUGAACGAAUUCCGCUGUGACCUGUUUGAAAACUUAAUCUCUCCAGCCAGUUACAAGACAAUGGACGUGUGUAAAACCAGCCCCGACUUCUCCGCCUACAAACGGCACGGCUACUGCCACGACUACGAAAUCUGCAUCAACGGGGUCUCGCACUUCGAACGCUGUCCAAUCGGAUUUUCCUUUGUGGAUAGCCAAGGCUGUUCUUUCGACCAGUUCUGCAGCUACCACGUCCAACAGCACCAGGCAGGACACAACGGCCACUGUACGUUUGAGAAGAACUACCUCAUGUUCAGAACGACCGGAUAUUGCUGGGAGUACAACGUGUGCUAUGGCGGCAGGGCGUACACCCAGAGAUGUCCGGUAGGGUAUGCCUUUAAGAAAGGGCAGUGUUUGCCGGACACAAAGUGUUAUCAUAAGUAUUUGACUCACUACGGAAUCCAUUACCAUGGUGUUACGAAAAGAUCUGCUGAUGUUUCCGAAAUAGAACAUGAACGUGUUGAAAGAGCAGCGAGAACAACGAAUCAGAAAACACCUAAUGGCUUGACAGCAAUCAAUAUCAACUACUGUAAAGGAAAAGAAGAUGGCUACACCUACUCCAUCGGUGGCUAUUGCUACGAGUACUUCCGGUGUUAUGGCGGCAAGCCCAAAUACAUGACCUGCCCUGUGGGUUUCGCCUACAAACAGGGCAAAGGUUGUGUGUACGACGGCUACUGCUACCACAGAGAGAUUGUCGAGAACGAUUUCUGCCACUAUGCAAGUUCGGGAACGAAGUAUUCGUACGGCGGUUACUGUGGUGACUACUUCGUCUGUCACGGCCUCUACUCCGUGUACGAACGCUGCCCCAACUACUACCGCUUCGACGGCACCGAGUGCGUGCACGACGAGAGAUGUCACUUCUACACACCGCACUAUGCGUUCCAUGACUGCGAGAACCAGUAUGAUGGGUUCCGGUUCAAAUACAAGGGCUACUGUUACGAGUAUUACGAAUGUCAGAACGGAACCGCCUUCUACCAGGUCUGUCCGUUCGGCUACAGCUUCGACGGACGCACGUGCUCCGCGGACACCACGUGCUAUCCUCAACCAACGUCGAGUCGUGCAACAGACUACUGCGCGGACAAGUCGGACGGGUCGGUGUACAGCAAGGGAGGCUUCUGUGACGAGUACUACACGUGCUCCUACAAAAAGUCCGUCUUCACAAGAUGUCCAGCUGGGACUGGCUACCAUGGAUACAGGGGCUGUCUUCCAGAUGCCAGCUGCAAGAACAGGCGAAAAGCGCCGCUUAAUGAUCCAUGCAUGUAUCUGGGUGAGGGUACGAGCUACAGUCUGGGGGAGCCGUGCUAUGAGUAUUUCGUCUGCAUCAACUGGAUGUCUGAACGGAGGAAGUGCCCCUCCGGGAGAAGCUAUAACUUCAUUUCCCAGCAGUGCGUUAUGGACAGCAAGUGUAAGCAAACAGGAGUGAAGGCUGUUUGCUACGGCGCUCACAACGGCUACCAGUAUGCCGCCGACAACUGCUACGGCUACUACGUGUGCGGCGACGGCAAGCCGACGUACGAGCGGUGCGCGAAGGGCUACAAGUUCGACGGCGGAUCAUGCCGCUACGACUUCACCCGGCAGUGUAUACAGUACUAAGAAGCACAUAUGUGAUGGAUCUGACCAAGGAGACGUCCACCACUGCAAUAUCUAAAUAACAACGACAAUAACGUGACCAGUGAAAUCAUUUGUCUUAUUAUACAAUAGCCAAUAAAAGUGACUGAAUAAAACACGUGAUCAAUCAAUCUGAUUUUCAUAUGUAAAUAAUAUGAAUAAUUAUUGGACUAUUUUGCAGUUUACGUUUUAUAAUAAAACUUUGGAUAAUGUUUAAUGUUUAUACGGAAUUUACUAUUAAUUUCUUGCUUGCAUGGGCAUUAUACGCAAGACCAGUGUUUUACUAAAAUAGUAUGCAUCAACCAUUUGAAUAACUUUUAAAAUAUUAGUAAAUUUAAAAACAUAACUUUCUUUGACUGAGUUUGAUCAAAUAUAACUUUCUGGUAAUCCAAAUAUCGUUUGCCAUUCUGGUAAUCCAAAUAGCCUUUGACAUUCUAGUAAUCCAAAUAUCGUUUGUAAUUCUGGCAAUCCAAAUAUCGUUUGCAAUUCUGGCAAUCCAAAUAUCGUUUGCCAAUGGGGUGUCUCUUUGAAAGAGGGUCCUUGUCUCCUUUUUUCUCAAACUUGCUUUCUCCUCCUAUAAUAAUUUAUAGAUCCGCCCUAGUUUAUCACCUAUUUUUUUUUUUAAAAGAAUAUUUACACCUUAGCGAACAUAAUUAGCUUAAAAUGUUUAAUCAGAAAUAUGUAUUAUACUGUUGAUUUAGUUAUGUAGUUUUAUACACGAUUCAUAUAAAGGUGGAUAUAAAUAUUAUUUUGUUUUAGAUAAUGCUUGUAUAUUAAAGGUAUUUGACUCACUUGAAACAAAGUAUGAUGUUUUUUAGAACUUAGUGUUUUGUUGAAAUAGAUAGUAUUUUGUUAAUGCUUGGUAACAUGAAAUGUGUAUCUGAAUUAGUGUCUUUAUUUGUGUUACCUACAUAUAAUUAUACCAUCAGCUUGAAGAAGUAUUUUUAAGAGUUGUGUUCACAAUAGUAAACCGUGGUUUUGAUCCAUUUUUCUAGUUUAUAUGAUGGACAAGCUAUUUGAAAAGGUGUAAAUAUAUACACUCAAACAUACCUCCCCCCGCCCCCAGUAAAUAAUAAUUUUUCUAUUUACAAAAGAUGGAUAUUCCAAUUAUAUUACAAAAUAUGAUCUUAAAUGUGUACAGACGGUUUACCCUUCGCUACCUUUUCGAAACGUUUGACUUUUAACCAACGGAAAGAAGGAAAGUGUGUCGCAGCGACCAGUAUAGUCUUUCAGUAUGAGUUAAAUAGAUAAUCAGCAACGUACACAAUUCAAAGAAAUUAAAAAAUAAAUUCAC